AUGGAAAAACGAGAAAUAACCAUAGAUGUUCCAUGGGGAAAAUUAGCAAUUGUAUUAUGGGGCAACGAAAACGACCAACCAGUCCUAUCGGUUCAUGGUAAAUUGGACAACGCGGCCACUUUCAACGCCCUAAUCCCACUUUUACCCAAAUAUUAUUUUUACAUUUGCAUCGACCUACCAGGACACGGAAAAUCCGACCAUUUCCCUGCCCAUUUACCAAUAUUCACCUCAAGCUACUUAAUAGUAUACAAACUAGUAAUGGAUUAUUUCAAAAAACCCAAAUACAUAAUUAUGGGGCAUAGCUAUGGGGGUCAACUAGGCCUGAAAUUUGCCCAAAUUUAUCCUAGCCGUGUUGAAAAACUCAUCAUGUUUGACACUGUACAUUUGUUCACAAUGCAAGCCAAAUAUUACGCACAAGAAAUGGAAAACCAUAUUGAGGAGUUCGUGAAAACUGAAAGGAAACUACAACAAAACUCAGCGCCUCAAUAUACUUAUGAAGAAGCUGUUAAGAAACUCUGCCAAAGCCGUCCUUCUCCUUUACCAGCAAAAGCAGCUGAAAUUUUAUUGCAAAGAAUGCUAAAACCAGUUAACGAUGGAAAAUUUCAAUUCUCCCACGACCAAAGAUUGAAAUGUUUUAUCAAUCCCCAACACGACAGCCAAUAUGCUAUAGAAACUUUAAAAAGUGCCCCGGUAAAGUGCCCAGUACUUAUUGUAUUCGGAUUGGAUAAUGGGGGGCAACGAAUGGUUUUGAGGCCAAUUUUAAAUCACUUGAAAAAGCUUAAAAAUGUUAGGGUGGAGUAUUUGCCUGGACAUCACGAUAUACAUUUGACCGAUGCUGAUAAAGUAGCUCCAAUUGUUAAUGAAUUUUUAAAUUACAAGACCAGCAAGCUUUAA